AUGUCUUUUAGUGUACGUUUACCUUUAGCUAAGGCUAUUUUCGAUCAAUUCAUUGGCCUAAAGCCACAUCCAUCUUUUUGUCAGCAAUAUUAUCCACAGAAACAAACUUUAACACUUUAUGAUCCUGGAUUUUUUAAAGAUUUUCCAAUGUGGAAUUUCGAUGGUUCCUCGACUGGACAAGCUCAUUCGGGUCAAGAUUCCGAUACAUAUCUUAAGCCUGUUGCGCAUUAUCCUGAUCCAUUUCUUGGCGGCAAUAACAAACUUGUAUUAUGCGAAACUUAUGAUCAUGAAAUGAAACCUACCGAUAAUUUUCUUAAAAUUACAGCCACUAACCAUCGUAGUUUCUGCAACGAAAUUAUGGAAAAAUGCAAAAGUGAGAAAAUAUGGUUUGGUAUGGAACAGGAAUACUUACUUUUGGAUAGAGAUGGUCAUCCAUUAGGAUGGCCAAAACAUGGCUUUCCGGAACCACAAGGCAAAUACUACUGCGGGGUUGGAGCAGAUAAAACAUAUGGUCGAGAAUUGGUGGACACGCAUUAUCGAGCUUGUCUAUACACUGGCUUACAACUUUUCGGCACUAAUGCAGAAGUAACACCUGGACAGUGGGAAUUUCAAUUAGGAACAUGUGAGGGCAUUUCUAUGGGCGAUCAACUCUGGCUGGCACGAUAUUUACUCUAUCGGGUUGCUGAAAUGUAUGGCGUUCUGGUUACACUCGACCCGAAACCAGCAAUAACACGUGGUGAUUGGAAUGGCGCUGGUUGCCACUGUAAUUUUUCGACAGAAAAAAUGCGCUCGGAAGGUGGCAUUAAAUACGUUGAAGAAGCAAUCAAGAAACUUGAAAAGAAACACAAAGAACACAUAGCAGUGUACGAUCCGCAUGGUGGCAUGGAUAAUGCACGUCGUUUGACGGGUAAACACGAAACAUCGAGAAUUGAUCAAUUUUCAUGGGGUAUCGCUAAUAGGGCAGCUUCAGUUCGUAUACCUAGAGCUGUUGCCAGAGAAAAAAAGGGUUUCCUGGAAGAUAGACGUCCAUCAUCGAAUUGUGAUCCAUACGCUGUUACUGGAAUAUUGACAAAAACAAUUCUGCUUGAUUGA